CCCUGCAUUUCCAAAACCCCCCUCUCACACGCUCACUCGCUCUCUCUACAUUUUUCUUUUUUUCCAUCGGAAAUGGCUUCAUCGGCAUUUCGAAAUCCUAAUUCAAGGCGAGUAUGCAUACUGACUCCACAAAUAUACUCUUCCAGCUUCCGAGCAUCAGUAGCCCCUGCGCCGUUGUCAGUUUUCGAAUUGCCAAUUUCUUCCAAUGAAAUCCCGUCUGUUUCCAACCCUUGGUGGAGAUCCAUGGCCACCUUCACUCGCACAAAACCUCAUGUGAAUGUAGGAACAAUUGGACACGUUGAUCAUGGAAAGACUACCUUAACGGCUGCAAUCACUAGGGUCUUAUCAGAAGAAGGGAAGGCUAAGGCCAUUGCUUUUGAUGAAAUCGACAAAGCUCCCGAAGAGAAAAAGAGAGGAAUUACCAUUGCCACUGCACACGUGGAAUAUGAGACUACAAAGAGGCAUUAUGCUCAUGUAGAUUGUCCUGGACAUGCUGAUUAUGUUAAAAACAUGAUUACAGGAGCUGCUCAAAUGGAUGGGGGUAUUCUAGUUGUUUCUGCCCCUGAUGGGCCAAUGCCGCAGACGAAAGAACAUAUUCUACUGGCACGCCAGGUCGGCGUGCCGUCACUUGUGUGCUUUCUUAAUAAAGUUGAUGCUGUUGAUGAUCCAGAAUUGCUGGAGCUUGUGGAAAUGGAGCUACGAGAAUUGCUUAGCUUUUACAAGUUUCCUGGGGAUGAAAUUCCCAUAGUUCAAGGAUCUGCUCUGUCUGCUUUAGAGGGUAAAAAUGAAGAAAUAGGGAAAAAGGCUAUCUUAAAACUCAUGGAAGCUGUAGAUUCCUACAUUCCUGAUCCUGUACGUCAGCUUGAUAAGCCUUUCCUGAUGCCCGUUGAAGAUGUUUUCACUAUUCAGGGCCGUGGUACUGUUGCCACUGGCCGCGUAGAACAGGGCGUGAUCAAACCAGGCGAUGAUGUGGAGAUUUUGGGGCUUACACAGAACCCUAGAAAAACUACAGUGACUGGUGUUGAGAUGUUCAAGAAGAUUUUGGAUUUUGGGCAGGCCGGUGACAAUGUGGGUCUUCUUCUACGUGGCCUGAAACGUGAGGAUAUCCAACGAGGAAUGGUGAUUGCAAAGCCUAACACUAUUAAAACAUACACAAAGUUUGAAGCAGAGAUUUAUGUGCUCACAAAAGAGGAAGGUGGUCGCCAUACGGCCUUCUUCUCCAAUUACAGACCCCAAUUCUACAUGAGGACGGCCGAUGUCACUGGUAAAGUCGAGUUGCCUGAAAAUGUUAAGAUGGUUAUGCCAGGGGACAAUGUGACAGCUGCCUUUGAGCUGAUAUACCCAGUUCCACUAGAAGCAGGACAAAGAUUUGCCCUGAGGGAAGGUGGCCGGACUGUUGGUGCCGGUGUUGUCUCAAAAGUCAGAAGUUGAGACGGGGAUGCAAAGCUUUUAUGCUGCCUCCGUUCAUCUAAUUUUUUUUUCCCACCAGAAGAGGUUUAGGAAUGAAGAUUCAUUUGUAAUACGUUAUUUGCGGGACAAAGGUAUGUCCUAGAAUGGUUAAUAUGGACUCACUCGUCUUGGCACUUUGUUGAAUGUCAUUUUCGUGAGGGGAUACCAGUUAGUGAAAUAAAAAAACUAUUAAGCAAAACAUAAAGGCUACAUCUUAUUUUUAGGUACAAAAUCGUGCAGGGAAGUGAAUUGGAUAACUUGACAAUAGAAACUACCAUCUAGGCAAGAGACUGUAAAUCACUAUAUUGUCAUAUCUGUAGUUUAUAAAUUGUUACCAACAAUGUAAUUGCCAAUGUUGUAUAUGCCCUAAGCACAAGUUAUGAUGAGCUUUAUAUA